CAAAGUUUCUUCUAUAUAAGCGAGGAGAGUUGGAUCUCUCAAAUCAAAAUCAUUACAAGAAAAUUAAAAGAGAAAAUAUCAGGUAUGGAUUCUGAGAAGAGCAGGAUUUUGAUUCUUGGAGCAACUGGUUAUGUGGGUAACUACAUUGUGAAAGCAAGCGUUGCCAUGGGCCACCAAACCUAUAUUUACACUCGCCCAAUCCAACCAAGUAAUACUGAUGAUUCUUCUAAACUUCAAGAACUCAAAACGUUUGAAUCCAUGGGAGUUACUGUCUUCCAGGGAGAGCUGGAUGAUGAAAAGAAGUUAGUUUCAGUGCUUAAACAAGUGGAGGUUGUGAUCUCAGCCCUUCCAGUCCCUGUACAUCUUGAUCAACUCAAGAUAAUAAAAGCCAUGAAAGAAGCUGGCACCAUCAAGAGGUUUCUGCCAUCGGAAUAUGGGCAUGAAAUUGACAGAGUGAAAACACUACCAGCUUUUGAUGAAGUACUUGAUAUCAAAAGGAAGAUCAGAAGAGCAACUGAAGCAUCAGGCAUCCCCUAUACCUUUGUAGUUGCAAGUGCCCUCUCUGCAUAUUUCGUUGAUUACCUUCUUCAUCCCCGCGACUCUCUCGAUGAGGUUGUUGUUUAUGGAACUGGUGAAACCAAAACUGUGAUGAACUAUGAAGAAGAUAUAGCAUUCUACACCGUGAAAGCAGCCACAGAUCCAAGGGUAGCUAAUCGUAUAAUAAUCUGCAAGCCACCAAAAAACAUUAUAUCUCAACUUGAUCUAAUUUCUGCCUGGGAGAGGAAGACUGGACGAACUUUCAAAAGGGCUUUCCUUCCAGAGGAAGAACUUAUAAAGUUGUCUCAAACUUUACCUAAACCAGAUAACGUUCCGGUAGCAGUGGUGCACAGCUUAUUUGUGAAAGGUGAUUCUACAAACUAUGAACUAACUAAAGAUGACCUGGAGGCAUCAGCAUUAUAUCCUAACUAUAACUACACUUCCAUUGAUGCCUACCUUGAAAAGUGUUUGGUUCAUCCUCCCAACCCUAAAGUGGCUUCAUUCUAAUAAUAAUAAUAAUAUAUAUACAUAUGUGUGUGUAUGUGUGCUCAGAUGGGAUGUUUAAUUAACAAGCAUGCACGAUCUACCAUAAGCAUGGAAGAAUAAAGAGAGACAAGCCCUUUGGAUGUACUAUUUCCACCAUAUAAAUUUUCUUUAUUA